GUGGGCAUAUCUAUCGAUCAGCUGAUGGUUUUCUACCUCCAAUCACUUCACAUUAAUGUCCAAUACCACUCCCCUCUCUUUCCACUUUGUCUUUCUUGCCCAGCCAAGAACUCUCUCCCCACAAACCCUCCCUCUUCCUUACUGUAAUUAAUACUCCGAUCAUUUUAUGUGUUACUCAGCUCAUUUCCGAUAGGAUCAUCACCCCAAGUUUACUGAGCUUUUUGGGCUGUUCCAUCUCCAGAUCCUGGAGAUAUCAGAUUAUCACUCAGGUACCGCAGAUUUUGAGUUUUCUUUGAAAUGAAAGGUCUUCAGAUGAUUUGCAGUGAAAAAGCUCUGCUACAUACAUAGAUAGCUAUCUAGCUACCUGGUACAUAUUUACCCCUACCCAGCCCAACUAUCUUGUUCCUCUAACCAGAUCAGAGAGACCUGAAAACUUAAUUCACCUUAUAUUAUCCAAAUUUAUAUAUAAAAACCUACUGUAUAUUCCAUAUCACUUGACAAAAAAGGCCAAACAACAAACAAGAAAAGAACUCCCACCUACGUAACUAGCUGCUGUUUGUGGAACAUUGAUUUUUCUUUUUUUUUUUGGUUACCUACUAAAAUACCCACCCAUGGAUUUCAUUGCUCCACUUCACCAUAAUCUUGAUUCCGGGAUCAUCACCCAGACCGGCCCGGCCGGUUCCCUGACGACCUCAUCCUCUUCCUCCGCCGUCCUCGACCCCUCUCAGCCGGCGCCGCCUCAGCUCAGCCGGUACGAGAACCAGAAGCGCCGCGACUGGAACACCUUCUGCCAGUACCUCCGCAACCACCGCCCGCCGCUGGCUCUCCCUCUCUGCAGCGGGGCCCACGUCCUCGAGUUCCUCCGCUACCUCGACCAGUUCGGGAAGACUAAGGUUCACAACCACAACUGCCCCUUCUUCGGGAUGCCCAACCCUCCUGCGCCUUGCCCCUGCCCGCUCCGGCAAGCUUGGGGGAGCCUCGACGCGCUAAUCGGCCGUCUACGCGCCGCCUAUGAGGAGCACGGCGGCAAGCCGGAGUCGAACCCCUUUGGCGCAAGGGCCGUGCGGCUCUUCCUCCGGGACGUCCGGGAUUUUCAGUCCAAGUCUAGAGGGGUCAGCUACGAGAAGAAACGGAAGCGGCCGGCGGGAGCAGCAUCGGGUAAGCGUAGUUCGGCGGCGGAUCAUCCUCCGCCGCCGUGUAAUUCCGCCGUCGGACCUUUUUGCGGGCACCCAUCGAACAAUUUUCUGCAGUAGAGUAAACUUUUGAAUAGUAGCUUUCUGCAAAAAUUAAUACUGUAUUGAACCUCCUAGUUUUUUUUAUGGUGUCUGAUGCUAUAUAAAUCACUAGCUAUAUCCUCUUAACUGUUUCUUGAAUUUGGAUCGGCCUUAUGUUUUUUUUUCUUCUUAAUUUACUCAACAAACAUGGAUAUUAGGGCUUUGAAUUUUUUCUUGCGAUUUUGCAUGGUUUCUAUCAAACCUGAUACCACUCGUCUGUAAUUAAAUGUAUAGAGUGGUAUAAUAAUAGUUACUCCAUAAUCCAUAUCAUACUUUCC